AGCGCUCGUUGAAUUGCUCGCGUCUCCGCGACACAAAUCGUUCUUAAUUUGCACUAAUUAACCAUUUAAAUAAUAAAAACAAUCGAAUAAAGUGAUAUACUAGUGAUAACUGUGACGUGAAAGUGAUCACCGAACCUUGUUUGAUGCAGUGUUGUUGUUUUAUCUGUGCAUUUGGUUUGUCUAGGUGAGUAGUCACUAGUCACCAGUCUUUGUGCGCGACAAUUAUCAUUCUGAUCGAUUCGGUCGGCGCGGGGGUGUGCAGCCGGCCCGUUUUAUAUCUUUUGUUGUUUUGUAACGCUGCUAAAUCAAUAAUUUUAGUGGCUAGCGGCCAUUCUUAAUUCAAAUCGUUUGAGUAUUCACUUCGGCUGUUCGGACAUACAUUUGCCUUGUGUUAAGUGUACUAAAAAGUGAACCACACCACAGAUAAGAUUGUGUAAUGUUGAAGUGAAGUGAGAUGAGCUGUGAUAGUGUGAAGUGAUAAUGUGUGAAGUGGGCCUGCCAACCUGGUCCUGAAUGAAAACUAACAACCAAAGUGUGGUAUGGACAAGGAGAGCGGGGACGGUGGCGACUCGACCGCCAAGCCUCCGCCCGAUCCCCUACUCGACCCCUCGUCACUCUUUGGAGCGUACUGGGGACGUGAUGGCGGCGCGAGUUCGGCGCAGGCUCAAGCCCAGGCGCAGGCGGCGUUGUUUGGCUUCGGAUCGAGAUACCCUGCCCCCUCCACUCUGGGAGUCGCCGCCAACCAGGCCGCCUCGCUUGGACUACACCCCGCUGCCAGUGCAGCAUGGUGGUCAAUGGCGUCUCACCUUGCCGCCCAGGACUACCUGGCGCGGCUGCAAGCGUCUGGUCUUAACUUUCCACAGCUUGGUGACCCCUACGCGGCGCUGUCAGCUCUCUCCGGCUCAAGCAUGAAGCAACCCAAACAACCGAAACAGCCAAGUCGAAAUGAGAGAUCCGGCCGCAGCAGUGUAUCCAGUAUGCCACCAAAAGACAAGAGUCCUUCAACGAGCACUAACUCUCAACACAGCAUGGCUGACUGGGCAUCAACAUACGGGUUCCCAAAGACCUCGUCACCAUCGACAAUGGCGUCACAGUCUCUGUCGAGCCUGGCUUCCCUCAACAACCUGGCACAGCAGCCGCAUCAUUCCAAACCAGUCUCCAAGCAGUCACAUCAGCCUCAACCUCCCAGAAAGUCAUCAUCAGGCAAGGAGAAGGAGCGCGACAUGUCGGUGCUCCGCAGUGAGCUGAUGCUGGCUCAGGCGGCGGCCCAGGGAGCCUACCACGCCGCCGUCGCAGCCGCCGCUAAGGGAAAGAACCUGCCAAUGUAUCCAUUCAGUAUGGGAUCGGAGAAGGACCGUCGAGGAGGCAUUGACUCCUUAACUGGUCUUCCCCAUAACCUGUUGAGUGCUGCUUUGGAAGGAGGUGAUCCGGCCGCUGUAUUGGGAGGAGUUCGACUUCCACCAGAUACAGAAAUAAUUAAAUACACCUCUUCAUUGACUGGUCCAAAGGUUCCAACCAGUUCCACGAACCGCGGCAGAAAGAAGACGAUAUCAUUGGACCCGCCGCACGUGUCCCUCCAUCCCUCGAGCGAGCUGCCCAGCAAGAGACAGAAACUGGAUGAGUACGGCAACUCUCGGUCGUCGGUGGAGGUGAUACGGCUGCCGAACAAACCGGACCGAGGCAGCUCGAUAUCGGGCACGCCGCCGCCCAACUUGUCCGAUUACGCAGGUAUAUCGCGUGAGUUACUACAAACUAUCGCAAGCCAGAGUGGAGUCAGCUUGGCAGCCCUUGAGAAACAACUGGCCGGUACGAAUGCUGCAGAUUCCGGUUUGAAUCUAAGUACAAAGUCCAACGCCAGCUCGGAGGAAAUACCCUUGGACCUGGGCUCGAAGCCAGAUGACGAUGCGCCACUCAACCUCUCGCUCAAACCCACCCCAGCGAACACUCAAGCAUCGGACGCAUUGUCUCGUCUAACGUCACUUAGCAGCUCCCUCAACGCUUCAAACGAUAGAAUAUCUCGUCGUAAGCCCGGGGCGAAACCUCGGCGAGUGGCGCCUGAGUUGGUACCGCAAGGGGACAUCGCCCGCCCAAGAUCCAGUGGCAGUGAGGAUAGUGAAUCUGUGUCUCAAUGGCCGUCCCGCGAAGGAAGACCUCGGAACCUAGGUAGAGGUGUGAGCAAACCCAAGAAGAAUACCGUCGCGUCUUUGCUGGCCCAAAGCAGAGCUCUAGGCCUUCGUCCCGCGUUAGCACAUCAGCUUCUAGGCGAAACUGACUUGGAGAAACUACGGGCGCUGGUCGGAGAAGGCGGCAGUACGGACUCGGAGUGUCGCUCCGACAGUCACUCGGACUCGGACGCGAGUGACGCGGGCGUGGCCGCGGGGGGAACACCGGCCGCGGGCCCUCAGCUGCGUCUGCCGCUGGCACUGGGAUGGAAGCGCGUGACGGUGAUCAAGGGUCUGUCCCGCAACUGUCACAUCAAAGGUGACGUCAGCUACGGCCCGCCGCCCCCUCACGAACACGUCACUAUCACGUCACACAGCCAGCUUGUCAAUUUCCUGGAGUCAAACCCGUGUCCCCCGCUGAGUGUGGACAACUUUAGCUUUAAUUCGCGCUGCGUGCUCGGCGAGUAUACCCAGCCGGGGUCUGAUGUGGACCCUGUACUGCUCUCCGAGACAGACGUAUCCAAGAGGUUGGAAGAAGCAAAGGCGUUGGCAGCUUUGGCAGGUCCUCGCUCCACGCCGCCUCUGGAGCGUAGAAUAGAACUGGCGAGAAGACAGCAGGCUGCCAGAGACGCGAGAAGAGACGCCAGUGCUAGGAAUAGAGAUCAGGUGCGCUUAGUCCGGGAGCUGGAGAGAUCGGAGAAGGCGGAGUAUGUGAAACGCGAGAAGGAAGUACGUAGCCAACAGAUAUUAGAGCACAUCAACAGAAAUAGAAGCCAGUUGACUAUUGAGGCUGUGCCUGUCCGGAACGAAUGGAAGGUUCCAGAGGCCUUGACGAAGCCGAAAGACAGAACGAUGCCGCAGAUAAGCCUAUCGCUCAUCCCAGUGAGUGGCAAAGACGCUCCAAUCAAAACGCUCAACUACGAACAAGGCACUUGGACACAAGAAUACAACGCUCUAGAUAAAAUGAAAGACUUCGCCGAAAAAGCCGCUUUCGAUUUGCCAAAAGCAAAAGCAGACAAGAAUUAUGACUUCUCGCUGACAAAAGCGGCGGAGAAGGCACAAAAGAUACCGGAAGGCGAAAACAACUUGGAGAAACUAAUCGAAUCGUAUUCGAGGAUAUCGGAGUUCAUAAACGGCUGCGAUUGGUCGAAAUUGGUGAACGAGAAGAAAGUCGAUGACGCUAAAGCUCUAGAGCAGAAAUAUUUGGAUGCUAAAAACGAAUUUAUGACGCAAAAUCUAAUGUUAAUGCCAAAAGAUAAUAAAAAAUCUGUUCUGAGGGAAGUGAUAGAUCUGAGCACUGAAGAUGAGAAUAUUCUGUCGGAGAUUAAUAGAAAGAUUUCGCAAGGCAUGCUCCGUAUUGGAAAAGAUGGAGCUUUGUCCAUCACUGUGCAGACGGUCGGGGAUUUGAGUCCGGCUAAACGGAAAAAGCAAGAGGAGGUUGAUAAGCAGAAGAAUGAGGACCACGCGAAGAGGCAACAGGAGAGAGAAAUUAAGAGACACCAGGCGAUGCUGUUAAAAGAGCAGCAAAAGUAUAUAACGGAGGAACGUGAAAGGAGGCGACAACACACGACAUUUAUCAGACAAUUAGAUUCUCGAAGGCGCUGGGAAGAAAGAGAGAGAAGGAAGCACCAGAACCUUCUAGAUCGAUUGCUCGUUAAAGAGAAGAAGCUGCAACAGAGAAGAAAAGAGAUGGAGCUAUUGGCUGAGUUAAGGAGACCUCAAGAGGACUCGACUCUCUCGGACCAGAAGCCUCUCCCGACCCUGGAGAGGAUCCCGGGUCUCAAGCUAGCCGGACAGGCCUUCGCUGAUCUGCUGCAGACAUUUGAAUUCUUGCAUAACUUCGGCAAUUCUCUUGGCUUUGUUGUGGAUAGCUUGCCAUCCCUCGACACGCUGCAGCAGGGAUUACUGCCGGAUUACAACAACGAGGCUGAAGAUGAACUGGUCCUUCUCACUAUCAGGCUGCUAGAAAUCGCUUUAGAGGACCCAGGCAUUCCACAUCCAGGGAGACACACCACGCUACUGGGGCAAGCUAUUCGAAUAGGAGACAUAACUCCGGACAACCUCAGUGAGGUUCUGAGGAUAUAUCUGUAUGCGAACGCGACCGGACAGGUCAAAGCCUUGACUGGACUUACGGUGGAGAGAGAAAGGGAGAGGAGAGUGGCAGAUCACCACCAGAGCGACGCGGAGAUGCAGCAGAGUUGCAUGAGCAGUAAAAACGCACCCUACUAUCAACACUUACACAGCAACGCCACCUAUAAACUAUCAGAAACGCUUCGGGAUAAGCCGUUCGUAUCGUUGAACCCGACGAGCAAGGCGCGUAUUCUGGCCACCUUAUGUGACGAGUUGCUGCAAAACAAGAGUGUUCUGCGGCAGAUCGACGCGUCCCUCGACCACCUCAAUCAUCUGCGGAAAGAGAAAUACCUCAUGGAUGCCAAAUUUAGGAAAUUGCGAGUGCUGUAUACUCGGAAGACGAGGUCAGAGCACAGCGAGAAACAGCAGGCGCUAGCGUUGGAGAGGAUGCAGCGGUUGGUGGAAGAGAGUGUGGUCACCCGGAGUCCUCUGCACGAAAGCUCAGAUAAAUCACAAACGCCGAAGAAAGAGUCGUCACCGGAAAAGCCGAAUACUCCGUCACCAUACAAGGACUCGGAAGACCAGAGUGACAAGGAACUAUCGCCUUUGAAGGACCUUUCGAACAGUAUGAAGAGUAAGGAGAUGCUCAACAACAAUAAGGACGAAUGUCCUGUUGAGGGGAAAGAUAAGGACAGUGUUAUGGGUGAUAAUGAUGGUAACUUCAGUGAUUUGGAAAGCGAAGGGACGCAACCUGAGGAGGAUGAAGACAAGAAUUUAUCGUCGGAAGAGGUUGGUCGGAAGGUGGAACGGUUCAGCCGACAGUGUGAGCAGCACUCGCUACAACUAGCUGCGGCUUCGACAUCAUUACGAGCCGCUUGCAGCUUACAAGACAGGUAUUGGCGGCGCUACUGGUCGCUGGGUAAAGCCGGUGGUAUCUGGGUUGAAGCCAUGGAGUCUGCUCAACCGGAGAUACUCAGCUAUCACGCCAGACUAGAAGAUAUGAAACUCAACGCGGGAGUCAAGCAGGAAGUUAAAGAAGAAAUAGGAGAACUAAAAGUUAAAAUGGAGGACGUAGACUCGACACGUGUGGACGCCGAGGCGGACGCGCUCGAACUGCGGAGCAUCAAGAACGAAUUGAACCUAAGCGACAGAACGCAGAUAAUCAAAUAUGAACCUAAUAACAGCGCUUGUAAGGUUGAAGGCUCCAUUAAAAUGGAAGAGAAAUAUAUUCAGCACAAACAGAACAACGAAGAAUGCGACAUGCUGGAUAUAGAAGACUCAAUCCCCACGGCUUUCUUAGUCCAGAAACCUCACAAACCGGUCCCGGCUAAUGAGGAAGAACCGAAAGAAACGAAAACUGAACCCGUAGAAGAACAAGAAGACCCGAAAGACAACCUAGUGAAUAACCUCGAGGAACUACGCAAAAUGGCCGAAGCUGUCUCAUCACAGUUAGUCGCGGCGAAGAAGGCGGAAGAACAGAAAGAUGUCAAACCAAAAACUGAGGAGAUGGACACAGAAGACGCUCACGUACAUCUAUACACUAAGAUGCUUGACGGGAAAUGGUUUUCCAUUCUGCGACACGAGAUCGGCUUGACGAGUAUAAAUGAAAAUGAGGAUGUUCCAAAGUACUGUGAUAAUGAUAAAACAUGCGCGGAAAUUGUCCUCAGUCAAGGGCAUAGAUGGGAUGUGUCCAAUAACUUACAUUUAUUAAACGAUCCCAGUUUGUUUACGUUGAACAGCAUGGUGACUUCGGUUCAGGUGCCCAAUAACAACAUUUACCCGGACAGCAGCUUGACUAUGUCGGGUUUGGAUCAAGAUAUGAUCGAUAAUGUCAGCCAUGAAACUGAAUUUGAGGUUGAAAAGGAAAAAGAUCAGGAAAACGAUCUAGAGAAAGAACUACAAGCUGAUUCAAAGGCCGACUUGUCCGCACAAAAGGCCAAAGGACUCAACAGCCUGGGUCUGCUUAACUUUAACGCUCUAUCAACUUACGUCACCUGUGACUCCCCUCCACCAAUCGCAAUGUCGCUGGAGGAAUUAGACCAAUUGGAUUAUUGUAAGGUGCAUGGUUUGCCAAAGAAAAUAGAAGGAAAUUAUGUACCUAAAGACCUUAGGCAUGGCUGGUGGCGGAUCACUGACCCGGAACAAGUGCCGGCGUUGCUUAGCGCGUUACACUCUAGAGGAGUGAGGGAGAGGGAGCUAUACGCGUCCCUGAUGAGUCAUCUGCCCACCUACAACGGAGCGCUAUACGUAGACAAGGGUGACACAGGUCGUACGCAGCUCACGGUGACUGCGGCCGACCAAGAGCUCUGUCCGGCCUCCUACCCCGACCCGGACGAGCCUGGCUCCUUCAGUGCGGAGGCGGCGCGGCGCGUGGACUUGCGGCUGGCUGCUAUGGUAGACGCUUUAGAAGAGCGCGUCAGUGCCGCCUCGAUGCAAGUCAAAGGUUGGCGGCCGAGUCACUCCCCCCCUCCCCCGGGUGCGAGCGGCGCGGAUAUAGUCGAGAGAGCGAGACAGAAACUAGCGCAACUUGAAGCACACGUAGAGAGGAGAUAUCUAAAACCGCCUCUGGUACAAAGGUACGCUAGUACGAACGAGGCAAACCUAGGCGCAAUGCUUCAGGGUGAACACGGGGCUUCGUCUGGUAACUCGCCGCAGAACUCUGACAGUGGAGAGGGAAGAGAAAGCAAGGGCAUCGCUCGUGGUCUGUCAACUUGGCGGGAAGCGGUGUCGCGAUGUAACACGGCCGCGCAACUCGCCAUGUUACUUCGCGCCCUGGAGACGCACAUCGCGUGGGACAAGAGCUGUAUGAAAGCGAACUGCCAAUUCUGUUUGUGCGGUGACAAUGAGGACCAACUGCUGCUAUGCGACGGUUGCGACAAGGGUUACCACACGUACUGCUUCAAGCCCAGGAUGGAGAAGAUACCGGAAGGAGACUGGUACUGCUGGGAGUGCGUGAACAAGGCGCGCGGCGAGCGAGUGUGCAUCGUGUGCGGCGGCGGCUCAAGUGUGACUCGACUGGUGCCGUGCGCGCUGUGCUGCCGCGCGUACCACCCCGCCUGUCACUACCCGCCGCUGGCCAAGAAUCCUCGCGGGAAAUGGUACUGCGCUCACUGCAUCAACCGCGCGCCGCCUAAGAAGCCCCGGAAGUCAAACAAACGGGACAGCAAGAACAAAGACAGCAUAGAUCUAGACUCAUCUAUGGUGCCCAGUCCGGCGGCGUCGCACGCGUCCACAUCGACGACGGCGUCGGAAUGUCCGGGCGCGCAGAACAUCCCCGACAAGGAGCAGGACAAACUUGAUGAGCCGCUCACAGAGCCGCUCACAGAACAAGAGAACGGACACACUGCUGCACUAGAGCUGGCGGAAAGAGAUGAGUCUGCGAGUGAGAAGUGUCGACGCGUGCAAUACGUGACUGGGAACGGAGCGGUGCCGCACUUAGAAGCCGAACACGAAGUGGAGGACCACGAGGCAGAGAACGUGCCUCUGUUGGCUCGAGUGAAGAAGGAUAAGCCAAGUGCAAAGAGACAGGGAAAGGAUAUGCUGUUCUGCAAAAACUUACUCGGCGAGAUGGAAUGCCACGAACACGCUUGGCCGUUCCUAGUUCCCGUCAACACGAAACAAUUCCCGCAGUAUCGGAAAGUUAUCAAGAGUCCCAUGGACUUGUCUACGAUCAAACGGAAACUGCAAGAUUCAAGUUACAAAUGCAAGGAGGAGUUUGCUCAGGACGUUCGGCUCAUAUUCAGCAACUGUGAAGAGUUUAACGAGGACUACAGUCCAGUGGGCAGAGCGGGGCAUACCAUGAGACAGUUCUUCGAACUCAAGUGGAACCAAACUGAACAAUAGUGGACACAUAACUUCAAGAUGACGGGCCCAGUGUGAUAUGAAUGGGCUCUAUUGUAAUCAAGGCUUGGAGACCGAAAAUUAAACGGUUGAAGUCGGUUUUUAGUAUCAGUUAAUUCUGAUUAUCAAUAGCUACUAUAUUUAUACUAGAAUCAUAACUUAAAAUUGGAACUGCUAUAUUUGUUGUUGUCAAAUUACUUUGUAAUAGAAAGAAACGCUCGAAACCGGUUACAACAAAACCUUUAUAAUAGUUUUACAUAACCAAGUACCGUAAAUACUGGGUUAAACUUAGAACUCAUUUCAUAUUCUUGCUUUAUUCUUUGGUAUAACUUUAUACCAAGUUUAUUUGUAAGGCCAUUAGAAUUUUUUUUUGGUUUUCAAGCCUUGAUUGUAUGUAAUACACUGCGCUAUUAUUGUGCGUUCGAUGCGUUGUGACUUUAAUCAUAUUGUACUCUGUGUUAUAUAAAUUUUUUGUCGCCUAACGGCCGUUCCCAAUAUUCAGUGUAUCUCCGGUUGUGACUUACUUGAGAUAAAAAUCGUAACUACCGUUGACCUUUCUGUCCCAAUAAACUAAUCGACGCUAACUCAACUUAUCCGUACACGCUGUCUGUCAAUGGGACGACGUAUAGCUUACCAGCGAUAGAAGUUUGUAUGCAAAUUGCAAUUCACGCGUCCCAAUAUAAGGCGAUAAGAACGACUUGUACCCGAUAUUGGGUCAGCUUCAGAUUAUUACAGCUAAUUACUGACAGUUGGAGGUAGUAAUUUAUCUCUAUCUGUAGAUAGUAUAUUGGGAAUGGCCGUAACAUAACAUGGGUUAUCUACUUGAUCCGUCGAUCUAGAAACUUGUCAAAGUGAUGUCAGCAAGUAGACCUAAUUAUAUUAGGUCCUUACAUAUGAAAUUGGCGUUUUGUAUGGGAGGAACAAAAAGUCUAAUAUUUUUAAAUAUAAUAUACUUAAUUAAUCAAAGUAUGAACCAUUGUUUUCUAUGCACUUUUGCCAUCUCAUAGGUAGUUCAUUGAUCCCUUUACUAAAAAAACCAGUCGGACGGGAAUCAAUAAAAUCUGUGAAGGCCAGAUUUGAGAAAACUGCAAUGAACAAUACCGGCAUAAGUCCACCAAACGCUUACAAGUAACUUUUUUGGGGUUAAUUUUCGCUUGGGGCACGAUUUGGCUGGCUGGCCAGGAUCCAACCAUUGCGCUGAGCGCUUCCGAUUAUCGUAAAGAAUCCAUUUUUCAUCACAAGUAAUGAUUCCGUUUAAAAUACCUUCAUUAUUGUGCCGGUUCAGUAAUGUAACGCAGCAGACGCAAACAGAAAAAAACAGAAGAAAAAACAAAUGAAUGACGGUCAUCGAAGCACAAAUGCAUGAGUAAAUAGCUGUACAAAUUUGAAUUUGGAAUUCCUUACCAAAGAGGAGAACAUCGUGAUUAAAGUGGCCAGUACGAAAUACGCCAAUUUCAUAUGUAAGGACCUAAUAUAAACGUCACAUUGAUUGUGACUUAUCUAAGAUGUCUUUGAUCUUAACGCACGGAGACAAUAUUUGAAAGGAUUACAGACUUUGUUAUAGCUAUGCGCGAUGACUUUAAGUUCUUGAUAGCUGCCUGAUAUUUAGCCAAUAUAAUCAAUAACGUUCUAUACACAUAUAAGGUAUCAUUCACAGCCUGAUAGCGGAACGGUAAAAAGUGUGUUCAAAGACAAUGUUAGCACACUUUUCUCCUUAGUCUUACAUUGGUGCAUAACCACCAAGCAUAUUUUAACUAACAUCUGGAGUAAAUGCGGCAAUGUAUAGAUAUUGCAGUCGAAGCAUAUUAUGAUGUAAUUUAUGGCAUGCACCAAAUUUGGACUUUGUUUAUAUACGACAGGAUUUGUGUAUAGAACGUCACUGAAUAUAAUAAUUAUACCUGCUAUAAAAUGGCGCGUUAUAACGCCUCGUUUACACUAAUCUUAUAUUAUACAACAUUCAUACCACAUUGUUUACAACAUUCGAAUCGCCUUAACCUAGCGCUCUACUUCUUUAUAUGUAUAACAGAAAAAUCAAGUUCACAAUAAGGCCGAUAAAAGUAUUUAUUUGUAACUAAAUUUACGUUCAUUUGAAACUUUGUAACCAGAGGAAAAAACAGGAAGCUUUACGUAUGAUGCCUCUUAGGGUUGUAACGUAAUGUACGGUUAUGAGCGCCAGACGCAGUUUUCAAUAAAAUAUUGGAUACAUAUUUGUAUACAAUAUUUAUUUUAUAUUGUUUACGUUAAUAUUUAUUUUAUAUUAUUACGAUGCCCCCCGAUCCCUCUGCCAGAGUUUCUAUAAGUUCUCCUUCAUAGUUAGUCUCCGGAUAGUAACUCAGAACUUGGUGUAUUUUUGACGCUGAAGUACUUAUUUUCCCGAUGGGUCGUGUACAGUGGUGAACCCAUUUCACCCACGGUGGACUAUCGGGACUCCCAUGUUCGAGCAAAGAUUCAAAAGAAAAGUGGAAGCAAUCGUCGAUGGGACCCAUGACAUGAAUUUCGGUUCGAGAGGGCUGCUUGUCGUCCAGAGCUCUGUCUAUCUUGAUAGAAAGAGGGAAUCGUGAUUCAAUAUGCUCACUGAUAUCAUUCUUCAAAUCUCUCCAUACUGACAUGGCAUCAUUCUCAUCAAAAAGAAUUGCGACAGCCAGUCCCUUGGUCAGAUCCAUAGGAAUCUUAUUUUUCCAAUCAUGCACUGUGUUCCCUCCACAUUGGGGAGUUCGAAGGAUUCCUCGCUUUUGUACUGUCGACAAUCGUGCAUCGUUUUGAACCAGAUUACCCACAAGUAUGCAUGUUUGGAUAUGAGGUUCUGACCUCAUACCAAUACGAAGGUAGUAAAUGUACAAGCCCUUAGGAACAUGUCCAAGUGUGUUUUAAUAUAAUUCAGAACUGAUCUUGCUAAUAUUUUCGCGAGUCCACUUGUCGUGUAGUGAUUGACGAAUGUUUUUCGACUGGAACUUUUAGUUUCUGCAGAAUUUCUGGCAUCCUCUCACUGUUGAUGAUCAAAUACGAUAGGUGCUCGAAUACAGACACAGGAUACUCCCUUGUUCUUCCUAACAGGAAAUCGAUCAUCUGCUUACUUCCUUGCAUAGCACCUAUUAGAACGUAAUCAAUAUUAGCAUUUCUGAACUCUGACAUAAGGUUACUACUGGUUCGUUCCGUUGAUUCUUCGGUUUUUAUUCCUUGAAACGACUCUAAGGUAUUGUGAACAUCUGGAUCGUGCAACCGGGAAGUAGUUAACUUUCUUCCGAGAGAAAGAGACAUGGCCAACGUGCAUGUUUGGAUGCUCUCUGUCAGGUUAGUUUUACUUAAGGUGGAGUGACAUCUUUCUUGGAUCAUUUUAGACUGAUAACCCAUGUGUGGCAGGUUUAUGGAGAUUGGUGUAUUCAGGAUCAGAUAAGUACAAUCUGGACAGUUAAGGGGCACUGCGUAAGUAUCAUUUAUAACUUGCCCUCUCAUGGCUGACUCAGUGAUAUAGUUUUGUAUGUACAAGAAUAUUUCUUGGAAGAACAAAUAGUAAUCUUCAUUACCUCGUAGGGAUUUUCCCAGCAGGUUUGUAUUGAUGGUUACGUGUGUUGCUAAGUUUUCCAUGAGGGAAAAGAGGGCAGACCUCUUUUGGGAAGAUGCUUUCAAUCUGUGUUCAUAACUCCCCCCGUAAUUUCUCCCACACCAGUCUGACAGUGGAACAUGGCUAAACUCAUCCGGUAGAUACUUUAAUUUGUCAUCAAUCAUACGGUUCACUAGUCAUCAGUUCACUUAUUGGAUCCUUUCAAGAUAAGUUAAAAUGUAGUAGAGUUUCAUUACUGAUUUGACGUGCGGAUUUGGAUUUAUUACAGUUAAUUUGGGCCUCACCAUUUUCUCAGGUGUCGAAGAGCCGAGGUAUGGUUCAAAAGGUCCUCUUGUCUUGAGAGCCAUCGUCCCUUCUGUCUUGAGCUUGAAAGAUGUUUUUACUACGAUGCAGUCCUUCUUCUUUUUCGGGUCCAUCGAGUCGUAGUCCUUGAUUUUAACCUGCUCAUAGGGGACAGGACUUGUUAUACCCAUGACUGGGAACCCCCCAAGUUGUCUCUCUUAACCAUUGGGCGCCUUUAAAAGUACAAGGUAUGGUAGAGAGAGUUGUUUCUUAAAGAUGAGUCCCCUCGACAGGAAGUUCUGAUUUCUUCAAUCUUCUUUGAAGGACCUCUAUUGCUUCCGCAUCUUUGAAUUUCCCCAAUGAGAAAAUUGUUUCUGUUCGAGAGGGAUCUUCAUUUAUCAUUCGGUUAAUUGUUUGCAGAUUAGAAAAACUCCCUAUCAGUUGAAGCUGAACACCCUCAUUUGAGUUUCUCAAUAUUUCGUGUGCCAGGUUAGCAACAUAUGGCCUCAUAGUUGUUAGGAUGUUGCACAAGUUUUCCAAGUCUGAUCUGUCUGCACCCAGAAGGCGAAUUACUUUGGGGUUAGUGACAUAGGUUGGUAAGAAUUCUUCUAUUAUUUCUCUGGCAUUCCGUUCGAAAUUAGGCAUACCUACGAUGUUUAAACUGUAUAUGUUUUCUACCAAUUUCACAGGAUCGUAAAUCGAUUUUGUUCUGCAAGGGACCAGGUGAAGAAUAGUGUUAUAGAUCUUGGGGCUCUUCUUCCUUAUCACUUCUAUUACUUUAAGCCAGAUUGUGAGUGGAUCUGGACAUCCUCUUUGACAGUGCUGGUACAUAUUUGAUAGUGGUAGUCCUCCUAAAAUCGAUGGUAUAUUCAUGAGAGCACACACCUUGUCCGUUUCUCUUGCUUUUAGACUUAGGAUUUUCUUUCUUUUCAUCGUAUUCCCCAACUCCAAAGAGUAAAAGAAAAAUGGAACGACAGGAGACACAUAAUUUCUAGACAUAUUUUCGGUUGUAGUUGAAACUCCGGUAAUCAGAGAGUGUAAUGAGGGGAACCCUUCAUUAAUGUCGGGGAUCAUUCUGUUGAUACGUUUCAGACUAUCGUCAAUACGGAUUGACUUGUAGUAGCGAACUUUGGAGUAUUCGAACAGAUUUUGAGAAUACCACGUCUCUUGCAACUUGAGAGACAAUCCAGCUGCUCUGAACAAGUAAUCCAGGCUAUUUAACAAAAGUUUGAUAUAGAAAUGGGGCUGUCCUUGCUGUUCUUGAUUGAGUUUGACAUGGAUGACCUGAUUAUCGCCCUGUCCCAUAAUCUCCCCCUGUAUGUUACAUUCUUCUGAUGCGAUUUUGAUUAUCAUGAUAGUAGUUAGUGUCCAGGCCUUCUGCCUCAUACCUUAGAAUCCUCCGAACUGGUUGUAGUUGCAGUAAUCACCUGCAAGCGGUUCUCCAUUUGGUCCGAUCUUUGGAGGGGUAAGACGAGAGCUUAACAGAACCAUACAGCGGUUGAACCACAAAUGCGAAUCUGAAUAAAGUAUCUUCCUUCCGUGGAUUUCGUCGAGUUCUUGAAAAAGAUAUUUAUUCAAAUCAUGCCUGUUCAACUGGUUCCAGGAACUUAAAUCAAGAUUCAGAUUGCAUGUCCCUUCUCUAUAAUAUUAGAUGCCACUUUGUCCAUUUCAUUUUGCUACUUCCAAUUCAGUAUUCGUCAUUGUUUGUUCUCGGAUAUACGGUAAAACAUUAUCGCUGAGUGAUUUUUCCAUACACACUUGCAUUAGCCGCAUUUCGUAGGUUUGUUUGCAGAAAACUCUACCCUUGAUGUUCAGCUCCCUCUCUUUUCUAUAGAGCUGUACUAUGUCGUCUCGUAGAUGAUUGUAAAACAUAUUUUCUUGGUCCAAUAUUUUCUUGGCUAGUUCUCCUUCGUUACCUUUAAGAUAUCGAGCUAAAACUCUAGGCUCGAAAUCAGUCCAACUACGAGGUUUUCUCUGAUCGUACAGAUUUUGAAAUGCACACUGAUCAUAGGGCCGGAACCAUUCUUCUCGUGGGGGUGAGCAUGCCGUAUCCUUGAGAAGUUCUUUUUCAUCAAUCUCUAAGCUCAUGUCGUGGUUUUUCUCGAGUUUUAUAUUGUCCCAGGCCGACAGAGGAAUUGAUUUGGAUUCAUUUAUAGUUAAAACUCUCUCGUCUCUGAGACACUCCAACAGGGUCGGGUUUAAGGUACCCGUUAUUUUAUGGUGGGGAUAAUGACCCUUUUUCCGGAAAUAGUUCGAAAAAUAGGUCUUUCGAAACAUCCAUUAUACUUUUUUGGCAAUCUGAUCAUCUACAUCAAUCUGCUUCUUCGAAUUUAAUCGGAGCUUUUCUAUGCCCUCUGUUGGAUGGAGAACUGGAUGUCCAUAGUUCUUGUUGAGAUUGGAGAAGUACAGCGAUAUUGGCGCAGCUAUGUCUCGUUUGUUUGACACUCUAAAACACGUCAUUAGGUCGAGUAUUUCUCUUAUAUCGUGUCUAUUAUACUUCCCCAUUAAAUCUUCUUCUAUUGACUCCUUAAGAGUUUUGAAACCGAGAUCUUCCACUUCAUCUGACACUACGUAGCCUAUGCAAUAAGCAUCCCAAUUCUUCAUUAUCUCAAAAAAGUUAUUCCUAUACUUCUCUCUGAUUCUGAUCAAUGCUUCAUGAAUCCGAUCGUAAUGAUUAAAGAGGCCAGGUAUUCCUUCAUUCUUCUCCUUAAUGGCAACAUGGAGACGGAUAUAAAAUCUUGUUUGUAAAUUGUCAAGAACACACAUAAUCAUAGUUGUAGGGUAUAAAUAGUAAUGGUCCCUUUUCCGGAGUAUAAGAGUUCCUUUUCCAUGAAUAAGUCAUCGGAGAUUAUAUGAAACUCGCCGAGUGUUUGUUCAAUAUUCUCUACUCUUGAUUUAAUCUUGUAAAGAUCCUGGAUUCGACUCUCUUGCAACAGCAGUUGGUAAUCGUUUAACUCAUCUUCUUUAUUCAUCUCAACCCCAUAAUAACUCUCAUGGUGGACCUUAGUAUUCCAUACAGCAGCCUCCGUCAGAAUUCUAAGAGAAAAUUCUGGCUCGUCGAUUGGAGUCUUGAAUUGGCAAUUUGAUACAACUUCUUCGACUAAAGACCAGUAGCAUCCCUUGUAUUCAGAAUAGGCAGCAAGACCUUUAAACUGUGUCUGAAAUAAACUCUUUAUCCUCUCAUGCCGGAGACAGUGAAACUUAUCAUAUUGGAGUAUAAACCUGACUUCAUCAUCUGUUAUAGGUGAAUUGAGAUGUCCUUCAAAAUGACACGUUUGUUUAUUUUAUAUUGUAUACAAUAAAAAACCAAAUAUUGUCUAAAACAAGUUGUAUUCUUUAACGAUUUUUGUAAACUUGUGGAAUGCAGGUCGAUGCAUUCCACUCAUCAAUCAUGUGAAAUAUAUUAUAAAAUAAACCUCUUAACUACACGCAAAAUGGACCCAAUGAAGCGGUCUAAUUGCGGAAACAGGAGCCCUUUACCAAUACCAAUACCAACCUCUUAACUAAAUUAUAAACACGACACUGUAACAGAGAACUUAUGAUAUAAUAAUAACCAAUGUGGACAUUCUUAAACCCCAAACAAUGAUAUGCGAUUCCGCAUGAACCAGUUAAUUAUUUUUAGUGUAUUAUACAAAAUUGUAUAUCGUUGAAAUUAUAAACAAAUGCAGAAAUGUUUUGUUACUAUGCCAUAGUUUUUAAAGGAUAAUAUGUGAAACAUAUAAUACAUUAACUCUGUAAUGAAUUAUUGAAUGAAAUCUUGAUACAAGAAUUAGUGCUAAAUUUAAAUAAAUUGUUAAUUAAAGUGAUUUUUAAGUUAACUUGAGUUCACCAAAAGAAUAGUUUAUAUAUUUUAUGUAAGCCUUGGUUGCUAGAACGCGCAGACGAAAGAAACGGGUCUCAUUGGCGGAAGGCGGGGAGAGGGUGCUCUCGCGACAGUACGAUGACAAUUAUAGUGAUUGGACUCAGGAUUUUAUAGCUCGCAAUAUACUUAAAAUUAUUAUUACUCAAAUAUAAUUCUGUUGCAGUAAAUUAUGGUACGCUAUGUGACAGCUCGAAUGUAAUGAAAGUUAUGCCAUAUUUAAUUUUAUCCGUGGAUCUAUACAUCAAAUUAUUUUAAUUAUCCAUUUGGUUGUACCGUACCAAAUACGACCAUGUGUUCAGGCUGUAAGCACAUGUCACCGUUACCAGAAAAUGGCGUUGUAGCGCUAGUGAAUCGAAUGCCAAUCCUAAAUAAAGAAAAAAAAACAUCUAAAACAUUUAUUUUCAUAUGAAAGGACAUUCCAUUUAACUAUUAACGACAUCAACGGGAUGAGACAAAUUGAAGUGAAUCUCAUAAACGUCAUAACGUAUCGCUAUAGAUUUAAUUUAGCAUGGCAACAUUUAUUUGUAAAGUUUUCUUUUCUGAAUUUAAAAAACUAACCACUUCAAAAUUAAUAAGUAUUCUUGCUAUUUAAGUUUUUAUGACAUUAUGACCUAGAAACUGAGCAAAAAUAAAUGUUGCCAGCUCUAAAUUUUAAUUCUUUACUUUUGAGAUUAUGACGGAGUACUUACAUAAAUCGUCGACGCAAUGUGCGCACACCUGCGAAACUUGUAUUAAACUAUAGCCCCUGUACAUAGCUUAGGUAAGUUUUUAAAUAUUAGAACUAGAUCUAUUUUAAGCAUAGACUAUAGAAUUUAUUUUGGAACGUUAUUUUUUUUUUAUUUGCAGCAACGAAUCAGUAUUUAGUGGUUCCCGCGUGAAAUUGGCCAGUCUUAGUGGACGUGUAAUUAAUUUGUAUUUGGAAUGUAAAAUAUUUGGCGGGAUAUUUGACGUUUGUUCGCGCGUUUUUUAUCUGUACGAAUGAAUUGUCGAUAUUUUAGUGGCGGUUUGCUAUUUAACUGUAUGUAGUGGUAGAUACAUGUUGUAACGGAUAUAGGGAAGCAUAGAAUAUAUAAAUAUAGAUACAUAUUAUAUGAAUGUAUUAUUAAGUGAGCAAAAAUUAUGUUUCGAUUAUGAAUUUUCACAUUUCUACGUCAAGUCCUCCUUACUAAAUAAUAUUUAGCUUUUAUGUAAUUUUAUUUAUUUUUAUCUAUUUUAUAAUGUUGAGUUAUUAGCUCAAGCAGUUUUUAUCUCUUUUAAACUCUCGCAUUUUAAUCAAUUAUUCGUAUGGAGGAUUAGGAAAUAUGUAUGUACACAUCGCAGUCAAUUCGUUAUUUUUAUGAAACGGUGUAUAUUACGAAUAGAUUUAGGUGUUCUAGAAGUUUCGUGAGAGUCUCAUGUAAAAUGUCCGUUCGUCCUCAAUUGAAACUUUAAUAAUUGUCUAAGUUCAAAUAAAGAAUACGAAUAGAAUCGAAUGUUAAAGCGAUUUGAAUCGUUUUAAAUUGCUUCAUAUCUUGAAUACUACUUAGCGAUAUUAUGUUUUGUUUAGUGCGACUUUAUUUUAAGAGACGUAACAUAUAGGGUGUAUUUAUUUUAGUAUUUAUUUCGUUUAGUACUUACACGUUGCGACGUUCUGUCACUCACACUGAUAUUUGUGCAUAUAUGAGUCAGAAAUAUUGGUUUCCAAGUACAUAUCGAUACCUCAGUUUUAUAGAGUAAUAAUUUAGAGAAUGGUUAUUAAUCGAAAUUCAAAUAACAACCCGAGUUGUUACUGUGUGAAACGAAAAUAUCCUAAUGGGUAUCGUUUAUGGAAAAAUUCCUCAUACUCAUCUCAAACUCAAUGAAUUUCAGACUCGUUACACUUUGGAACUGAGGUAUCGAUAUAAUAUCGUACCUAAGUAGGUAUGGCUCUCGACUCUUAAAUAUUUCUCAUGUCUGGAGUAUCCAGGUCAAAUAAAAUUGUUUUUAAUUUAAAAUAAGAGUAAAUAAGGAUCCACUAAAAAGACCCGUCAGUCGUAGCUAUAGCUCCCGGGUAAAGUCAAUCUAUUACCACAAAUGUGGUCAAAUAUACUAAAUUCUAUUUUCUUUGAUUAAUGCGAGUGUUACACAUAAAUAAAAUACUUUUUAAGGCCCCCUGAAAGAGAUAUCUGAAAAGGUCUUGCAAGAAACGUCGGGUUAUCUUUACGGUUUACGCAAAAAUUUAAAGUAAAAGCAUAGAAACAAUCACACGCGUUCUAAUCCUUUAAAAAGUAUUUUAUUUAAAAUAUACUUAAUUCUACUAACGGUAGAAUCUCUGUACUGGUUGUAUUUGUAUAAAUAUUUUCUUGUUUCGUUUAUAUUUAUUGCCUUUUUUCAAACUUCAGUGUGAGUGACUUCAUGAAUGGGCGUGUCUAUCUAUUCUAUUAUGAUACUCAAAAUCAUUUUAUAUUUUUACUGAAACGAAGUUAAGUUAUUUUUUUAAACUAAAUUCUUAUAUUAUAUUAGGUAGUGGAUACGCCCAUGCAAUAUUUUCCUAUAAUUUGUCAUUCCCAAUGCACAAAUCGUUCAGUAAUUUUCAUGGUCUAUAGCAACAUGCUUUCCCCGCGUUUACAAUAAUAAUAUGUCACAUUGACGUUAUAUGAUAUAUGACGUGAGCUGUGUCGAACGCGGGAAAAUGUCUCUCUAUAAUCUCUAUUCCAUGAGUAUUAUAAAGUAUUAAUGUCAGAAGAAACGGGAUGAAUAGUAAUCGAGCUGGUAAAAAUAUUUAUUUUCUUCAACUUACUUCAUCAGAUCAACUAGGCAAAGGCCAAAACGCCAUACAGCCUAGUCUUAACAAAAGUGAUCUUUCAUUCAAAAUCUAGUUUUAUAUUAUAUUUUCGCCGACAUUGUUAUGAAAUCAUUUUUAACCUACUCAAUUUAUGGCACAGGGUAGAACCGUGGGCCGCGUAAUACGUAGUUACCCAGAUAACUAAAAUAUUUUUUUGUGUAUUAAAUAGGUUCUUGCUUAAUUGACAUUAUUAUAUUUGUUUUCUUUUAUUCAUUUAGAGCAUUGGCGACGAUGCCAUCAGCUUAAAACAAAUAGCAUUUUCAAAAAUACUUUAUUUUAAAUUUUAGACAAGUACUUUAAGACCAGUAAGUUUAUAUUCCUCCCGUUUAAGUCGCAAGCUUAUAUCAUACAUAGGUUACGAGUAGUAAUAGCCAGGUAUAGUUUUUUAUACCUACUGCCAGAUUCUGAUACUUGGUGUGAACGUCCAGCGGACGGUUAAAUGUUGUGUGAAUCGGUUGAUUUUAACUAUAAAUGAAUAUAUAAAUUAUAUAUACGAUAAAUAAAUAAUUUUUCUGAAAGUC